CGAAUAUCGAGCAAAACCCAUGUCAGAAUGGCAUAUUUGAGAUGGUAACACAUUGUGUCAAACGUGAUUAGCACUGUACCACCGAUACACAGACAAUUUAGAACACAACAACACCGACAAGUUGCUGUUGACCGUGUGCACAUAACCUGGCAAAUAAGUUGCAUGUAAAAAAAAGACACAAUAUUAAAAAAACGUUCGUGUAAAGUCAUUCAUAAUAGGCUAUAUGCUAUAUGAAAACGAUAGACACUUUUAUUUAAAUGGACUUACAACAGAUUCUUAGUGUUAUUUUAUCGGUUCUGGGUUCCUUGAUAUUAGUUUGUUUGGCCGUUUUACUAGGUUGGUAUUGUGUUUGGAAGGUAUUCUUGUCACGGUUUCGUUUGGUCAGAGAGUUAUUGGGUCAAAUUAGCGACGGUUCGCCAUCAACGAACGGUUCAAAGAGUAGUGACAGCACCAAGGGCCGAGUGAAAAAAACACGACGUGAUUAG